AUGCCAAAGGGGAAACUUAACAACUUCGCUGCUGAAAAGCACCGCAAUCAACGACGUAAAGACGCGGAACAAACGCCAUAUAUCAACCACCCAAUAGGAGUGGCAAGGAUCCUGAGCCAUGAAGGUGGGAUCACAGACAUUGAAGUUCUGCAAGCAGCUUUGCUCCAUGACACAGUGGAGGAUGACACCAGCAUAGGAGAGCUACAGGCCAUCUUUGGGCAAACGGUGGCUCGAAUCGUUCAGGAAGUGACAGACAACAAGGCGCUACAGCAGGAGAGGAAGCGUCAGCAGGUGGAGCAUGCGCCUCACUCCAGCCACCAGGCCAAACUGGUCAAACUGGCUGACAAACUGUACAACCUGAGGGACCUGAACCGCUGUACACCACAGUCAUCGAUCUUCCCGAAUCCACAGGACGUAAAACAAUAGAGGUAAGAUGGAUAUUGAUUUUGAGACAUGACAUGUCAGCUUGUCUGCUAUAUGCAUCCGCUGCUAAAUCAUGGCCGCUACUGCGGGAUGGUAAA